AUGUCUUUUGACAGUCCGCGCAAUAAAAGAGCUGCUAAUUUAAGCUCUGGAUCAGGCAAAAUCAAAAAACUCUUCAUCAGAAUCUCAAAAAUACAGAAAACUACAAAGGAAACGCAGUCAGAUAGUCAGUAAUUCUUUAAGAGGCUCUAUUCCCUUGCUACCAGACGAUUUGUUUCCUAAUUUGCCUCAAAUUGUAAUUUUAAUUUUACAAAAAAUAUCAAUUAACACUUAAGAAGCAGGCGGCCAAACAAGCCGAAAAACGCAUCACUCAAAAAUCGCUUCCAUCCGUGGUAACUUCCAAAGCUUUGGCUGUAGCUGAAACUAGAAGGGCGAAAACUGUCUUUUUCUAUAAGGACGGGGACGAGUAUUUUACGGCAAGUU